UUUGGUCCACUCUAAAUUGUCGUUGUUGAUUAGACGGCCGUUCAAACGGAGAGAUAGGCAGAUAACCGACGAGAAGAGAACCACUCAGAACGCAGCACGAAAUCGCUCACUCAAGAAGCGCUCAGCAAAGAGCUUUGCAAUAAGCUCGAGCGAGGUCUUGUUGCGAGCAAACGGCCAAGGUUAUUGAAACAAAGAAGUCGUGGCAUUACAAAUAGAUAUAUUACUGUGAAAGUGCGGUGGAUAAUAAAAAGGCCAUUCUUGGGCAAAGAGUAUGGACCAGACCUGCCACCAGUUUGAGCCAGCUGCACGCCUUCAUAAGGUACACCGCGGGAGUGAUUCACCCCGACGAGGUUGUAAUUAGUCAACCUUACUUCAUUGCAUCGACAUCAGAAGCGUCGCUAGGCAGCGGGACGGAAGUGAGGAAGUGCGUUUAAUCCAAGAGGACAACUUCAUCCCACGGAUCCCGACUUCGUGGAUCACGGAUCCCGACCCGUGCAUAUUCGCUAUAUUGAAAUCAACUUCAUCUCUGCGUCGACGAACAUUGGGCCCAACGAUCGCAUCGACUUCAAAAUUUAAAUAAACAAAAACAUAAAGCACCUCUGUGAAACUGGGAUACUGGGAUAAUGUACUAGAAGAGGAAGGCGAAACAGUUGGCCAAAAAUGUUGCAACGCCCAAGUUGGCAGUGCGCCACAUAACGUUGCCCCCCUUCAGCAUCCUGUGAGUCCGUGAGUUGAGUGUUCCAAAAAUGGCGGCACCCACGUCUAUGGAAAUCAUCAGCUGCCUGACGCUGCUCCUCGGCAUGCUCAUCAGCAGCGGCUACUGCAUAGACUGUUUCAAGUGCGUUUCGUAUAACGGCGCUAAUAAGGCGUGCGAUGAUCCAUUUCAUAACAAUUACUCCACUGCCAUACUCGAAUCACCCUGCAUGGGCGGUCGCAAGGGUCGCGAUGGCCUCUUUCCCGCAACGGCUUGCAUUAAAAUCGCCGGAUAUUAUGAUGACAACGGCGAGACGAUAACGGUGCGAGGAUGCGCCCUGGACAGUGGCACACUCACAACAGACACAGAGAUCAUAAGAAUGUCGCAUUGUGGCAAAUUCUACUAUGACAACAGGUACGUACACGGCUGCCUUCAGAGCUGCAGUGAUGCGGAUGCCUGCAAUGGUGGCCACCCAAAGGACGUGGAGUCCUUUCUACUUAGCAUCGCGCUGCUGCUCUUGGCGUCUGCAAGGUAGCAGUGACAACAUCAACAACAAUGAAAUCAGCAAAAUGAACAACAAUAGAUGUUGCUAGCAUCCCAUGGAAGAUGAAGGGAUUUAGCUAAAGUGAAUGUGAAAAGCAUUUAAUAUAAUUCAGCUGCGCGAAAUAUUUUUACAUAACUCAUACACUGCUAUCUCUCUCUCUUUCUCUCUGUGUUUCUUCUUCUCACCAUUUGUUGUGUGUCUCGCUAUCGUGCUCCUCUAUCUCUACCACUAUCUCGGUGUCUACAAUUGCACCUUACAGUAAUUGCACACAAGGAUUACACAGGAUAUCAUGGCGAAAACAAAGCGAAACAUAUUUAUAUGGAAUUCAUCAAGCAAUUAUGUGAUUUAUAAAUGAAUAUUUAACAACUACUUAACAAUAAUUGAUGGAAAAAGGAACAAAACCAAAAAGUAAAAAACUAAAUUUAAACUAUAAACGCAAAGCGCUGCUAGGCAAAUAUCAAAACUAAAAUCAAAGCUAGACAAAACGAGAUUUAAAAUUCAAUUUCAAUUACUUUUAAAAAUUAGGUAUUUACAUAUUUACUUACAACUCACCUGUGUAUUGUAUUGUUCGACUAUUGUAUAUAGAUUUAUUUGUUAGUAUAUGCUGAAUUUUAGGCAAAAAUGAAUUAACAAUUACGAGUAUGUAUACUUAAUUUUAAUUAACGGCCACAUAGAUAGAGUUAACAAAUGUAGAGAACUGCGAAGCAAGCCACAGAAAAUGCAUCCAGAUUCUCAUAAAUGAUAGUGUUCUAUUCAACAUAAAAUAGUCCAAUCUUAACUGAAUCAUUAUUAUUAUCACUACUUAAGAUAAGAGACCUUGACUCAUCGACUGAUAGGUGGCUCGGAAAUUGCUUUGAAUUAUCAGAUAAGAGCUUAUCAAUUUAGCAAUGCGACAGCCUGAUAUAAGAAAUAUUUACCGGUUACGAAGCACACAGUACACAUUCGAAUUUCGAAGAAAAUGCCUGGUAAGAAACGGAGCACCAUUAGACGUGCAGAGCCAAAUUAAUAAUCCGACUGGAUCUUUGCAGUACACAAUUGGUUGCAUUAUAGCAAUGGCGCUUUGCCAGAAGAUGCAGUCGUUGCUGGACAUGAUUCCGAUGGCGGCACCAUAUUUGUAGGCCGUGCCUGGUACAACAACGACUUGCUGCCAGCUAAAAUCAUCCCCAACAAGGGCAAGGCAUACGUGGCCUAUGGCGAACAGGAGAUAGAACUGGAGAACUACGAAGUUCUGAGUGGUCAAAACUUCAUGUGGUUGCCUGGCGAAAAUGGCGAAGUGCCACCAAGUGCCGUUCCAGUAGGUCACACUGUGGAUGGCGAGACGCUAUAUGCCGGACGCGGGUAUCAUGCCGGCAGUCUGACCAUGGGCAAAGUACAUCCCUCCCACAAUUGCCUCUACAUACCCUUCGGCUCGGAGGAGGUCAAGAUCUUUUCGUACGAGGUUCUGUCGUGCCUUCUGCGAUAGGCUUUUAAUAAAACAUGUUCAUGCAUACAAUAAUCUUCUACAAUAAGCUUAACGUUUUAUAUAAACUUAUCAACAGCCG